GAGAAAACCAGCGCAAACCAGGCCCUUCCAGUCCGUCCCAGUUCCCCCCAGUCCCUUACAGUUCCUCCCAGUCCGUCUCAGGCCCUCCCAGUCCGGAAGUCUCGCGAGAUCUGCGGAAGCGGCAGCGCCGGAGCCGCGAUGAACCUGGAGCGCGUCUCCAACGAGGAGAAGCUGCAGCUGUGCCGCAAAUACUACCUGGGUGGGUUCCUGCUCCUCCCGUUCCUGUGGCUGGUGAACGUGGUCUGGUUCUUCCGCGAGGCGUUCCUGGCGCCGCCCUUCGGGGAGCAGCCGCGCAUCAAACGCUACGUGCUGCGCUCGGCGCUGGGGGCGGGGCUCUGGGGGCUGGGCCUGGGCGUGUGGGUGGGGCUGUUCCAGAGCCGCCGCGGCCAAUGGGGAGCCCUGGGCGACGCCCUCAGCUUCACCCAGCCAAUGGGAGAGCCCUGAGCCCCGGCGGCGGCCAAUGGCGGCGCGGCCAGGUG